GCACGCAUGCGCAGCCCGGGAAGUUCUUUCUUCCCCCCAGUUCUGCGCUUUCGUCCACGCGGAGUCGUUGCUUCUGCGGCGCGCAGCGACGAACAUGCUCUUCUACUCCUUCUUCAAAUCCCUAGUAGGGAAGGAUGUAGUAGUCGAAUUGAAGAAUGACUUGAGCAUAUGUGGGACCCUGCACUCUGUGGAUCAGUACCUGAAUAUUAAACUCACAGACAUUAGCGUGACAGACCCCGAAAAAUACCCUCACAUGUUGUCGGUGAAGAAUUGCUUCAUCCGUGGCUCUGUUGUCCGUUACGUCCAGCUUCCGGCAGACGAGGUGGACACCCAACUCCUGCAGGAUGCUGCCCGCAAGGAAGCCCUUCAGCAGAAGCAGUGAUGGAUUCUCCUUUUCUUCUUUUUUUUUUGUAACUCUCCCUGUGUGACUUGAUCUUCCCCAAGAAAGAGCUACGGCAUGGCAAAAGGUCCCGUUGUCUUUUUCUCCAGGAAGAACCAGCAGUUAUUAUUGUAAACGUAGCCGUCCAAAGUAUGUUCCUUGGAUACAGAGAAUGCUUGUACAUGCUAAUGUCUUUCUUUGCCCCUUCUGGAUGCAGCAACCAUAAUGGUUAAAGAUGUUCACACCAAGCUCCUUCAUCUCCCAGGGUUGCUGGAGAUGAAGCUUAUGCUGCCUGGUGGGCACUAAGUUGAAGAAAUCUUAGAUCUCCCCUCUCCCAUUUGUUCACGCGCACGUGUGAAAAAUCCUUUGUUGGGUAAUAGCAGCUUUUUCCCCCCACCCUCCAGGUCCUUAGGGCCAGUAAUAAAAUUCUUCUCUUAAUGGUCCUCUUCCCUUGUUCUCUUCAGCAUUCAGUGAUAAUCAUUUGAUGUUGCUGAGUAGCAGGAAAGUCCAUUUUUGGCCGGGGACUAAUACUCAAGUGGAGUAUUUCUGUAGCUUGUUUGCCCUGUAAAAUGGCCUCAACUUGCGUUUCUUCAUUUAUUACCAGCCCCUUUCAGUUGCCUUUUGUCUGAUGCAGCACAGCUAACGCUGGUGGGAUUUUUUUCAUGUUGGUACAUUCCCUAUUUACAGGAUUUGAAGGAGUGGUUUUCUUGGACUUUCAGCAGGCAUAGAAAGGGCCUGCAAGCUCCUGAGUACGGAGAGUGUCAAUUUUACUUUUAUUAGAUACACAAUAUAAUACCAUUCAGUGUCAACCCAAGCUUUCUUCACUCCGGUAAGAAAUGUCAGAUGUGUUUUCUCUUACCACUAGAAAGAGCUGCAGGUUCAGUCCUGCCAUUUGAGUUUUAACACUUCCCUGGUUUUGUUGUUGUAAAGAUUGAAACAACCCAUUUGUAUUUCCUGUUAUCCUUAUGGUAUGUACAAACUUCCUUUUUUUAGGAAGAGUUUUUGGAAGUGUUAAAUAGAACACUUAAAGAGCGUGAUUUGUUAAAUAGAAACUGGACAAUUAAAAGUUGGAUUUGAAAGAC